CCUGAGAACUGCAUUGACUUUGAAAACACGAGAUCGUAAAUGGCGAAAUUAGAAUCUGGAAGAAGCCAACUGUUCAUCGUUUGCUCUCUUCUUAUGUCUGCACUCUUUGCUUUCUCUGCAUCUGUACAAUUAGAUGACCCAGAUUGGUACUUUUGGCUUCCCCUUUAUGCAACCGCAAGUGUUAUAAAUUUGGUGAACGCUGUAUUUACAAGCAGCAUGAUGAUGAUAUCAAUGAGACAAUCGGUCAAGAUUACGCUUUGGUUGGGUCUUUUCUUGCUAACAAAGGUUUUGGUUGAAGAUUAUUUGAAAGGAAUCGCAGGUUUUUGGUCAUUUGAUAUGAGGGAGAGAGUUGUCAGAGAGAAAUUCGGCUCUGGACUUGUCAUUUUCUCCAUGGUUUUCUGCUUACAAGCUUUCUCAUCAUCUUCAUCUUCAAUUUCAUGUUACCCAACAAAAGGAAUGGCAUGUCUAGUGGGUGUUAGUUAUGGUAUGUCCUUUGUCUUCUAUGGGUUUCAGAGGAAGGAGAUGAAGUUUAUUUGACUGGAUUCCAUUUGGAAAACACCUUUCUAGAUGUCUGAAAACUUUGCUUUCUUUUGCAUUCAAGGCUUACAUUUCUUUGUGUGAGUUCUUAUUUCAGCAUAAUAAGUUCUUCUUUAAGUUAAGGAUCCUUCUAACAGAAUGUGUUCAGGAUAA